AUGGGUACAGGCAGUGUUGGCUUGGUGGUCGGUGCGUCGACGGCCGUUUCGGUGCUUUCCCUUUUGUUGGCACUCUCGAUUCUUCCAUCACUUUACACAGAAAUCAACUCGUUGAAAGAUGAAGUCUUUGAUGCCGUCAAUACUUUUAAGGACUCCACCGAUGGAUCAUGGGUGGAACUGAUGGAUAUUCAACUCGGCGUCACUCCUCCCUCAAAACCAAAAGAGAAUCCAUUGCUGAGAAGGGAGAAGAGGUUUGCCGAACUACCCGACUGGUGUCAAUGCAAUGCAAUGCCGCAAUGCCCACCCGGACCUCCAGGCCCGCCCGGAGCUCCCGGAGAAGCUGGAUCACCCGGUACUCCUGGACCCUCCGGAAUGGAUGGAGUGGUGGGGCCAUCUCGCGCGUGUCUCCAGCAAGCCGAAUGCAUUCAAUGCCCGAUUGGCCCAGCUGGUUCUCCUGGCCCUGAUGGGCCUCAAGGAGCUGUUGGACCUCAAGGACAACCGGGUGCCCCUGCUCAGCCCGGAGGACAAGGACCCGCUGGACCUGCCGGACCAGCUGGAGAUGCUGGAGCACCAGGACCACAAGGCCCAGCUGGCGAAAAUGGGAAGAAGGGAAUCGAUGGUGCUCCCGGAGUUGAUGGAGGUGUGGGAAUACCGGGAAGAGAUGCUGAGUACUGUCCGUGCCCGCCCCGGAGUUCCGUUUUCAUUGGCCAGCGGCGUCGACGAGUUUUCAGACAA